AGCUGCGUCGUCGCCGGUCAAGCUCUCGAAUGCGGUGCGCUCGUAUCAGCUCAGCUUCCGGAUGCUCACGUUAAAAAAAAAAAUAAUGAUAUAAAAAAACAAAAACUUGAUUAUGUGGUGAAGGAGCGAGCUCUCCAUGGGCCCCAGGCAUAAUGAGAAUUCGAGGCUAAUGGGUGUACACGAAUCUUGGGUUGAUAUUCUACAUGGACGUACUUCUGGAAACAAUUUCAUGGCUAUCCCCCCCAGUCACACAUUUGAUUCCCUCUUGUGGGCGCUUGGUGUUGAUGAGGAUACAGAAUAUUUUUCUGACAGCGAUGAGGAAGACUUUGCAUGGUAUUAUGAGUCCUUGGACCCCCCUGCUUGUCAGAAUGGUAUCGUAGAUUCUAAACUUCAAAAAAAGGAUGAGGGUGCUGCAGAUCCAAGUGUUGGAGUACAGCAGAAAAACAUGGCACAAAGCAAGAAGAAGAAGAAGAAUAAGUUGGGUCAAAAAAAAAGAAAAAAACUGCAAAAAAAGAAGAAUGCCCUCAAAGAUCAUUUGGCUGAGGGCCAAAGCAAGUCUGAUUCUUCAGACAGUCAUGAAGAAAAUGAUAUUGAAAAUAAUGAGGAAAUGAAGGAAUCUGCCUCAGCUGUAACUGGUGAAAUACCUGAUCAAUAUUUGGCAGUUGGUAGUGAAAGCGGUGGUGGUAGUAAAGCUGAUAGUGUUUCGGAGGUGAAUAAAGAAGCCGACAAUAAGUCAAAGCAUUUAGAUUUAAAUGGAUCUGUUGUUUCUACUGCUACCAAGGGUCAACUUGACCAGCUCCCUAAAGUGGAGAAAAAGGGGGAAAAAAAAGAUGUAUGUUCAGUAACUCUGCAGCCUGCAGAGCAAAGCUCGGAGGUUGUUGAGGAACAUAAAGUUAAGAAGAAGAAGAAGAAGAAGAAGAAGAAGAAAAAUCCAACUAUAAUUAAAGAGGAUUUGAAUUUAGAUGACUCAGUUAUUCCAACUACCGCAUCUACUGCCGAGGAGCAACUUGGCCAUACCCCUAAAACAGAUAAAAAGGAGAAAAAAAAGGAUGUAGUUCUGCAGCCUAGAAAAGAGAAAAGCCCUAAGGAUGCCGAGAAAAAUAACGAGGACUACGAAGGGGAAGAUUUGGCCAAAAGGAGUGCCGAGUUUGCGUGUGCUGGAAAUCGUUUUGCCGCUGGCGGUCAGUUCGAGAUGGCUGUGAAAUGCUUUACAGACGCCAUUAAAUGCAACCCAACAGAGCUGAAGUUAUACGGAAAUCGGUCGCUCUGUCUUGAGAGAAUGCAGCAGUACGACAGAGCUCUGAGUGACGCGGAAAUAGCCCUCUCCUUUGAGCCAAACUGGGUGAAAGGUUUAUUCAGGAAGGGGAAAGCGCUCAGUGGAUUAAAGAGGUACCACGAAGCCUCUUUGGUCUACAAGGAAGUACUGAAGCAGAACAGCUCUAGCGCAGAAGCGACCCUUGAGUUUAAGCGGACACAGACCCUGCACCUCAUGGAACUGGGAUUCACCCAGGAGCAGAGCUGUGAAGCCUUAAAAUCCUAUGCUACUUUGGAAGAAGCUGUCGAGGCUCUUUUUGGCUCUUUGAAUCUGCAGGGCAAUAAAGCUGGUCAUUCCAGUCAGGACAACUCAAAUUGUCCAACGGAGGAAAACAAGACAGAGAAGGAUGACUCUGAGGGAGAUUGGACCGUUCUAACAAAGAGUCGGCCAAAAGCACAGCGCAAGAAUGUCGCUGGUGCUGUGGGCGCAACUAGGCCGAAUUCUCCUUCACCAAGUUCCCAUUCAAACAGUGGUGCCAAACCAGCGCUUUUUCCUGUCUGGGUUGGAUCCUUGGACUCCAUUAUCACUGAAGCGGACCUCUACAAUAUCUUCAGCAGGGUUGGUGUUGUCUCUACAGUGAAGUUGCUGCCCAAGAACCAGUGUGGCUUUGUGAACUUUACGAGAAGUGAAGACUGUGAGAAAGCCAUUCAGCUGAUCAAUGGGAUGGUGGUGGGUGGCAGGCCUCUGGUAGUGCGCUAUCCCAAUAGGAUUCACCCGGAGUAUGGAGCAUCCCAGUUGGCCAAGACUGAUCCAUCUUUAGGAUUCAUCUCCGUGUCUGGCACGAGUAUUGAGGACGAGUGCUUCUUCUGGAGGACCAUCGGCUGCGCAAAACUGUCGUGCAACUAUAAGCACAUCCCAGAGCACAGGAACAUCGACGUGGACCGAGUCAAGUCAAAUAAACAUUUACUGUAGCCCAAUAUCACAGAGUAUGUCUGGGAGGGCUGUCAAAUCGCACACUGCCACCUAAAUGCCCCAGAGCGGAGGGUCCUCACAAAGUCAAAAGGCUGCCGUUACCGGGGUUCCUCUGCGAUUUGACUCCAUGCGGUUGCUUGGGACUAACUUGGGGCGGGAUUUCACAUCUGGUUUGGAAGUUCAGCACGAAUCAAGGUUGCAGAGACACUUUUUUUCCCCUUUUCUAACUUUAUCAGGAAAUGUUCAGUUCUUCAAUAACAAGAGCUUAGUUAGUAGUUGCAGUUUGUCUGGUGUGGUGGUGCGUCCAUGCUGAAUAACUCCAGAGGAAGCGCCGAGAGAUGCUUCGUGUGCCUUCCAGGUCCAUUUGAAAUGCGGGCCCUGUUAUAAGCCUUCCUUUGCACAAGGGUUUCCAGGUAGCGCUUUCACAAGGACGCUGUCAGCAGAUGGCUUACCGACGUCUCAGAGAGUGCUCCGUGCACACCCGAGCAAAAAAUGCCUUAACUGAAACUGCAGGAGUAAAUAGGCUGGAAGAUUUUACUGCAUGUAAGUUACCUUGUGUGCCUCAUGCCCCCCCCCACCCCCACCCCCCCCCACACACACACACUUCCUGUCAGUUUUCAUGUUGGUUGCCAUGGUCAUUACAAUUUAUACGAGGUGUUUAUCCAAAUUGAUGCCAAAAGCUCUUUAUUUUAACCCAUACUGUAAACUAAUUGGUUAGGUUUUACUUUUAAUGGCCAGUAGGUGGCAACGCUAACUUGAAUACCUUGCAGUAAGACUGUUAAAAAAUGUCUAUUUUGAAUGUAAUUUGCAUCUUUAUGGGGUUUUUUUUUUGGACACUGCUGUUUUUUUUAUGUUUCAUUUUGAUUUGGAGGAUUUGCUGCUUACUUUUUUAAAAAAAAAGGGGCUGCGGGUUGAUUAAUAGAGCUGUUCGGUGGAGACGGUCACCGUUUGCACAUUUCCUGAUGCGCUCUCAAAAUUAAAGACGCUGCCAGAGAAAGAGAAUCUGCUGCAAUAUCUUACCGGUAAAUGCUUUUAUUUCAAAUACCUCCCUGUGCCGAAGGGGUAUGCCUUGUUUUAACCGAAGGUGACCCCAGAGGGAUUUGAAACCUGAACCCUGGCAGCGCGUCUGCAUCACCGGCCAUAAAGCCCCACUGGAAUGAAGGUUGGGUU